AUGCUUGGCCUUGCCGCAUACGAGAGCAGCAGCGAUGACGAGGACGUAGUGAAGCCCUCAGCGCAACCUUCACAAGCAGAGACUGAGCAACAGCCAACCAUCCUGGGAUCCCCAGCUCAAACCCAAAGCAUAACGAGCAACAUCCCAGAUACCAAGUCAAGAUUAGCGCAGGAUGCUCCAGCAACCACUGGGCCUCCGGAGGGCCCUGUUCUUGGACCUGCGUCCGGCCCGGCGCCCAUGAGCGACACGCAAUCACCGGGAGGCCCUUCAGCAAGCGGGCGUUCCUCGCCUUUCUCAACGACACGAGCUUUGGUGCAUGAUCUUACACUUCCCCCAGUUCCGAAUCUGGAUAUCCCCCCAUCUCCUCCGGGGUCUCCUAAUCCAGCGCUGAACGGCAAAUUCGAGCAUUUCCUCUCUCUCAAGAAACAGGGCGUCCACUUCAAUGCGAAACUUGCCUCUUCCUCUUCGCUACGAAAUCCUAGCUUGCUGAAAAAAAUGAUGGAACAUGCGGGAAUUGAAGAACACGAGCAAUACAACACGUCAUUGCCAUCCGAACUUUGGGAUGUAUCCAAUUAUCCCCAAUGGGCUUUCAAGGAAGAGCUUCUCAGGACGCAGCAGGGAAUACGACAGAGCAAAGAAGCGAAGAGCGCUGCCGGUCAACGCACCUCCAUCGAUUUUGUUUCCGAGACUGCCACGAAGAAAUGA